CCGCUGUGGCGUCAAGACAUCACCCACCUCUGCGGGAAGUAUCUUCCAACAUGUUUGUUUUCUUGGUUUUGCUGUGGGUGGCUCGUGUCUCAGGGAGCAAUUUGAAAGAUAUGCGAUCAGCCGUGGCCGCGACCCAGCUCAUACUGGCUCAACAGGCGCAAUUAUUCAAGGGGGUUUUGAACGCUACAGACUAUGACUGCUGUCAUCAAGAGGCUGUCCACCGAACGGCCAUGGAGAAGGAAUGCCCCUUUCCAUACGCCAACUUUAUGGGCGAGUGUUUCUACGCCAGCAAGUACAAGCUCAAAUGGCACGAUGCCCGUAAGCACUGCCUUGAUAUGAGUGGCGACCUAGCAGUGCCCACCAAGCUGUAUGCUCUCAAGACGUAUGUGAUUGAGGAAAGAGUGUCAAGAUCAACGUGGAUUGGAGGCCUGGGCGAGGAGGACGGCAGCGGCUGGCACUGGGUCACCGGGCAGCCCAUCGACGACGAGGACUGGGCACUGGGAAACCCUGGCACGAACCCCAACACUCCACAGUGUCUGGAGCUAACACGCAACCGCCACCCCCCUCUGAAGAGCAAGUCGUGUUCCACAGCGCUCAAGUUCAUCUGCCAAUACAACUAGAAAAUGUUAUACUAAAUCAGAAAUUUUAUGUGUGACUAUGUUAGCUAGAUAUUAGUCGCUCCCGUGGAGUGCUUAUUUUCGUAAAAACGGUAAUGCUAUUUGGCUGUCAGGGGACUGGAGCGUGGUAGAUUAUUUAGAUUGUUGUAGAUAAAAAAGGUAGUUCUCAUUUAUCUUUAUAAAAGUAAUUUCAUUUUGAAAUGUAUAUGCUGUUCCUUUUUGUGAAUCUGUUUCAUGUAACUAAAAUGU